AUGCCAGAAGUCACCGACAUCACCAGCGUCGACCAGUUCAACGCCCUCAUCGAGGCCGUGCCCCCCACCGCCGUCGUCGCAUUGAACUUCCACACGCCCUGGGCCGAGCCGUGUAAGCAGAUGAACGAAGUGUUUAAAGCGCUCGCCACCACCGCCCCCCCAACCACCCACUUCCUCUCCAUCGACGCCGAAGAGCUCCCCGACAUCUCCGAGUCCUACGACGUCUCCGCCGUCCCCUACUUCGUCCUCCUCCGCGAUGCCACAGUCGUAAAACGCAUUUCCGGCGCCGACCCCAAAGAGCUGCGCUCCGCCAUCGAGACCCACUCCGGCGCCUCUUCCACCGCUCUGCCCCCCGCACAGGAGACCACCGCACCCCCCGCCGCACCCCCCACCACCGAGGCGGGAGGGGAGGAGGCGCAGACGGAAGACAUCAAGACGCGCCUGGAGAAGCUGGUCAAGGCCGCGCCGGUGAUGCUGUUCAUGAAGGGGACGCCGGCGGCGCCGCAGUGCGGCUUCUCGAGGACGCUGGUGGGGCUGCUGAGGGAGAAGGGCGUGCGCUAUGGCUUUUUUAAUAUACUGGCGGAUGAUGAGGUGAGGCAGGGGUUGAAGGAGUUUUCGGACUGGCCGACGUAUCCGCAGUUGUAUUUGGAGGGGAAUCUGGUGGGGGGGUUGGAUAUCGUCAAGGAGGAGUUUGAGAAUGAUCCGGACUUUUUGAAGCCGCAGAGUGUCAGUGCGGAUGCUUAG